CUCAAUUUCUCCGUAUGUUAUUGGCUCCCUCUGCUACCAACAUUCAUUCACUCCCACAAAUUCUCAGCUCCACCAACUCGCUCCCAACUCUGCUCCGACUCGGUCUCACUCAGUGUCGCCGCCGCCGCUUCAUCAGAUAACGAUAACCCGGUGGAGUUUAACAGUAAUGGUGGGAAUACCUACAAGCAGAAGUAGGUGAAGAAGCAUAACUUUUUUGAGUAAAGAUUAACAGAAGAUGAUCGAUGAUCGAUGAUUGUCUAUCUGGUGUCUGAGGUACGGCGCCAAAAUCUGCCCCAUGGCUUGAGCGUGCCAAGGCCGAUUGAAGGAAAUACGUCCAUGAAAUUCAAGGAAGGAACAAACAAUUCCAGCAGCCAAAGAUCCAUGGAAGCAAAGUGAGAGAUAAUUCGAGAGGCUUCUUUUGGUCUUCAAAUUGAAGGGGGUACAGGGCUCGGACAUUGAUUGUUCAAGAUAAUGUAAUGGAAACUCCAAUGAGGUUAUCCACCUACCCAAGAACUAUUAUGCUGCAAUCUCCGAAGGGCGUGACAUCAAGACUGUCUGUCCCAGGGCUCGCAGAAUGCUUUUACGAUACUCAUGUGUUUUGUGGGAAACACCACCAUCAGUGCUAUUCCUUUUCUGUGGCCAAGCCUUCAGUACUAAAGAACUUCAAGAAGAUGGCUCUGUCUAUUAGGAGCAGUGUGGAAGGGAGUCCAUUCGAUCCUCCUCCAAAUAGCUCCAACGGUGGAACGAGACUGAUAAGGAUCAUUCAAGCCAUUCAAACCAAGUUGGACGCCAAAAUUAACGAGUUAAGAAAAAAUCUUCCAUUGAAGAUAUUCUUCUUCUUGGUUGGGUUUUACAGUGCAACUGCAUUUGCUACUGUUAUUGGUCAAACAGGUGACUGGGAUGUUCUAUCUGCUGCAUUGGCUGUGGUUGUUGUGGAGGGGAUUGGGGCCCUCAUGUAUAGGGCUUCUCUUCCUCUCUUGAACAAGAUUAAGGGCCUAAUAACGAUGUUCAAUUACUGGAAGGCUGGGCUUUCCAUGGGUCUUUUCUUGGAUUCUUUUAAAUAUGAAAUGGAUGAUAUUUUUGGGUUACAUAACUUCUUCCCUUUAUUUUUAGAAAAUGUAUUGCAUAUAUUUUAUUAGCA